AUGGCUAACAGAGUAGUGUUUUUGACUCCCAAGCAUUUGCAGAAGUUCAUCCAAGAGGCUGAAUCCUGCAUUGUAUUUAAGAUCCUGGCGAUAAUGGGUGUCCACGAUGAAGAUGGAGAAAGGCGGCUGAGCGAACCGCCCACGACACGCGAGGAAUUGAUCAAACUUCUCACCCAGGCCUUCACAACACUUGCGAAAGGCCCUGGAAAUCCAUUGGGCAUCAUUAAGAGCGAACUCGAGGAGCGCUCCACGAUGAGAAGUACCUGGCAGUGCAGCAACGACACAUUCUUCGUUGUCAUGGAAUCAUUGGCUGCUGCCAAGCUUCAAAUAAAAUGUCUCAGUUUGUUUCACGAUACCGACAUGAAGCUCUUUGCCUUGGCUAGCGAUCAACUCAACAUGAUUGACUGGGACAGGCCUGAUAUCGCGCAUGUGCUGGCGACUGUGACAUCACUCAAUACUAACAUCUCAACGCGGGUCUUUACCUUCAGAGUCACAGACUGGACAGCGCCUCAGAUUCGAGAUGAAGGAGAAAAUAAAAGCAAUUUUACUGGACUUGCAAGACUUGUCCAGAAAUGUCCUCAGCUUCAAGACUUUGCAUACCAGGCCCUUGGUAUUCCCCUCCCCGGGCUUCCUGAACUGAAAGGCUUCAGGUUCCCCAACUGGAAGAUCCUGCAAUACGUCUCAGAACUCCCGACCCUCCCCAAACUCGAUCGAUUGACUAUACGGUUCCAACUCACGAAGGAGUCGAUCAUUCUCAACCUUCUCAAGCGAAACCGGCCUGGAGGACUGUUCAUAGGACCUAUGUGGCUAGACCCCGGAAAGUCGUUCAAUCUGGUUCCGUUCACUUGA